UCUCAAAAAUAUUUUGUUUUUCAUAAUAUAAUAUAAAAAUACUUCAAUUAUUUAACCAAAAAAUAAUUUUGAAUAUAAUAUCGCAGUUAUCGAACUAGUUGUGGAUGAAAUAUAUAGUUGAGAUUUCUCAGUUAUUUCAUUUUGCUAAUAAAAAUACCAGACUUUUAUGACAUACCAAAUCAAGCAACCUUGGAUAUCAAAAUACAAAGUAACUGAUUUUUUUAACGAUCAAAGUCGUUCAUGUAUAUUUGCGUUCGAAUUAUUUUUUUAUCUUUUUUUUUUAAUAUUUUAUUACAUUUAAAUUAAACAAUUUAUUAAUUCCUACAUUUUAUUAUUUUAAUAAAUAUUAUAACUUUAUGUUUCAAAAUAAUAAUAAAUUAAUCAAAAUAAAGAUAAAUUCUAUUAAGAAAAAUCUAAAUAAUAUAGUUUAAAGAUAUAUAUGUAUAUUAAUUUAAUAAUGAAAAUUUAACAAAGAGAUAUAAAUAUAAUUAAAAUACGUAAAAAUAAAAAAUAAAAUGUAAUAAAAAAAUAUUAAUUACAAAUUGUACAUGAAAAAAUCAUAUAUAUAAAAUAUAAAUCAUAUUAGCAGAAGUUAACGAAAUAAUAAUACAUAAUAGUGCAUAUAUAAACAUGAGAUACAAUAAUCUUAAUAUUUAAUGAAACAAAUAGGAAAAAAAUAAAAUAAAAAUUCGGAGAUAUAUUAUCUCCAAAAUGAAUGCAGAUGAAACAAGCACAAUAAGAACAAAUUGCAGAACGAAGAUAAAAAUAUAAUAAAAAUUGAAAAAUUAGUGCCAAACUGCUAUUCCACAAAUGAAAUAUAUAUAAAUAAAGUGAUGAAAUAAUAAAAAAAAGAUAGAAAUAAAAUAAAAAUUGAUUAUCAACAUCACUUCUUAAGUAUCAAUGAUAUCUUUUUAAAAUAGAAUAAAAUAAAAUUGAGGAUCAGUGUUUUCUCUUGAUAAUUUUUGAAUAAUUUUGGCAUUCAAGUAAUGAUACUAAUUUUCAAUUUUUAUUCUACUUUAUCUUGCCUUUAAAGAAAUACCUCUAAGACUUGACAGAUGGCAUUAAUGGUUAUUUCUUAUUCUAUUUCUGUCCUUCUUUUAUUAUUUGCUCUCUUUGUCUAUAUUUGUUUCGUUUGUGAUACACUAGAGAUGGCGUUGAUUUCUGAAUUUUUAUUCUAUUUCUCUCUUUUUCUCACUACUUGUUCUAUUAAAUGUUAAGUCUAUUCUAUAGCUCAAUUGUGAUGUACAUAUAUUGUAAAUCAAAAUAUGCCAAAGGAAUAUAAUGUCACUUGAACUAAAGAUGAAGUUAAAAUUGAAUUCAUGUUAUACAUAAAAAAAAUAUAUACAUUUUCGAAGGUACUAGAAAAUUGUAGAACAUAAUCACGGGAAGACAUUACGUAUAACUAGUUUCACUGUAAUCAAGAAGUGGCGCUAGUUGUCCAUUUCUGGAGCUUUCUGAAAAUCUGCGCCGGCUCAAGAGUGUGCAUUCACGAGUCAUCACGUAUCUUUGCAAGCAUAAAAGAACGAGUUGCGAAAAAUAGAACGAAAGUAUCACUGUUCUGAAGUCAAUCGUAAUGGACCAGGUAUAUUUACUGAAACAAAAAGGUAAUUCUGCUUUAGAAGAAGGAAGAUAUGAAGAGGCUAUUAAACAUUAUACAGAAGCAAUUGGCUUAGAUGAAAAUAAUCAUGUUUUAUAUAGUAAUAGAUCUGCAGCUUUUGCUAAAGCAGGAAAAUAUAAACAAGCGUUAGAGGAUGCUGAGAAAACUGUGAAUUUAAAACCUGAUUGGGGAAAAGGAUAUUCACGUAUGGGUAGUGCAUUAGCUUAUCUAGGUAAAUUGAAUGAAUCUAUUAAAGCAUAUGAAACUGGUCUACAAUAUGAUCCUGGCAAUGUCCAACUUCAAAGUGGUUUAGCUGAAGUUAAAGCUCAACUUUUAAUGGCUGCCAAUCCUUUCAAUAGACCAGAUCUUUUUGUAAAACUUGCAAAUGAUCCUAGAACUAAAAGCUUUUUGCAAGAUCCAGGAUAUUUAAAACUUUUGGAUACUCUUAGAAAUAAUCCAGAUGCUACAGCUCAAAUGUUAUCGGACAAACGAAUACUUACUACUCUUAGUGUAUUAUUGGACAUGGAUACUGAUGUAGAAAUGCCAAUGCAUAAAGAUUCUGAAUCAGAAUCUCCUAAACCUAAACAGGAACCACCUAAACCUCAGAAGAAAGAAGAAGAAGAAGAUUAUAGUACACCUCAAAAGCAAGCACAACGUGAGAAACAAUUGGGUAAUGAUGCUUAUAAACAGAAAAAAUUUGAAAUAGCUCUUGAACACUAUAAUAAGGCAGUUGAAUUAGAUCCUACAGAAAUCAUUUACUUAUUAAACAUAGCAGCAGUAUAUUUUGAACAGAAAGAAUAUGAUAAAUGUAUUUCUCAAUGUGAAAAAGCUAUUGAAGUUGGAAGAGAAAAUAGAGCAGAUUUUAAAUUAAUAGCUAAGGCAUUUACUAGAAUUGGACAUGCAUAUAAAAAAAUGGAGAACUGGAAACAAGCAAAGGUGUAUUACGAAAAAUCUAUGUCAGAACACAGAACACCAGAAAUUAAAACUCUUCUUUCAGAUAUUGAUAAAAUCAUCAAAGAAGAAGAAAGGAAAGCAUAUAUUGAUCCAGUAAAAGCAGAAGAAGAAAAGGAACUUGGAAAUGAAAAAUACAAAGAAGGAGAUUAUCCAGCAGCAAUAAAACAUUAUUCAGAAGCUAUUAAAAGAAAUCCUGAUGAUCCAAAAUAUUAUAGUAAUAGAGCUGCUUGUUAUACUAAAUUGGCAGCAUUUGAUCUCGGAUUAAAGGAUUGUGAGAAAUGUGUAGAAAUUGAUCCAAAGUUUAUUAAAGGUUGGAUAAGGAAAGGUAAAAUAUUACAAGGAAUGCAACAACAGGGAAAAGCUCUCACUGCUUAUCAAAAAGCAUUGGAAUUAGAUCCUUCAAAUAGUGAAGCAUUAGAAGGAUAUCGUUCAUGUGCUGUUUCUGUUAGUUCUAAUCCUGAGGAAGUAAGAAAGAGAGCAAUGGCAGAUCCAGAAGUUCAAAGUAUAUUACGGGAUCCUGCUAUGAGACUUAUUUUAGAGCAAAUGCAAAGUGAUCCUAGAGCUUUACAAGACCAUUUAAAAAAUAAAGAUGUAGCAGCAAAGUUGCAAAAACUUUUGGAAUCAGGUUUAAUAGCUAUUCAUUGAAGAUGAAAAUGUCCGUAUUUGUGCAUAGCUCUGUGCAUGACAUUUUAUUGUCGCCAAGUUCCUUUGAUAUUAUGGAAACAAUGCUGUUCGUUCUAUUUUUGUGUAUUAGGAAUAUGUUAUUUAAACAAACAGGUCACCUACUGGCAUAUUCACCUUAUAUCUGUGUUCUGAAGAGCUAUUGUCAAAUAUAAGUUCCGUUGUAUACAAAUAUUUUCGCGAGAAUGCAGUGGCCUUCUGGUCAUAGACCACUUUUUCAUUGUAAAUCUUCGUACAAUAGUUAUGUAUGUUUUAAUAUGUCUUAUAGAGUUUAACUCUAUCAACUUAUUAUAUAAUUACAAGCUUUUACAUAACUUUUGCAUAAAAUAACACUUCCAAUUGUAAAUCAUCAAUAUCAAUGACAUCAAGUAUGUUAGUAUAUUUUAAAUUUGUUACAUAAACUAAGUUAAAUCAAAUUAUAUUAAAUCAGAUUAGCCUUGAUAAACAUUUCCAUGCGUCAAACGUGUAUUUAGAUUUAUUUUAUAUAUAAGCGAAUAUAAUUUUGGUUUAAAGCACUAAUACUGUAAUAAUAAAACAGGAUAACAAUAGCGAUAAUUACAGUAAUUAUAAUAAUAAUAAUUGUAUGAUUUAUUUAAAAUCAAAUUCAGUUCAAUAUAAAAAUAUGAUAAACAGUGUAA